AUGUUUCCUGCUACCUUUAACAUGCAGCUUCUGGCCGUUGUGACUUUACUUCUGGCCAAUACAUUUGCCAACCCAAUCAAGCGCAGUGACGAUGAGACUACAGUCGUCAGACUUCCUGGUCUCUUUGGACUCUUUACCACUGUUGCUACAUCUGCUCUAACUACUAGUGAAAUUGUUGGUGUUGUCGUCAUUUCAAGCUCAACCAUCUACAUUCAAGAACCCAACUUCUUUCCUACUACCGUAUGGGGCGUACCUGAAAUCACUUCAUUAGGCACACCUGACCCUAUUACUACCGCGUCAAGUACAUCAUACAGCUUUCCAACUUUUUCACUUAAAUAUAACGCAUCAGCAACGCUAGUUUCUUCUCUUGAGACUGUUAUUUCCACCUCGACAGCAGCUAUAACAGACCAGGCCCAGAUAAAAGCAGUGAAAACUUCAUCUUGCAACACUGACGUCGCUGGCGUAACCAUCCCUACCAGUGCUCUCACCACUGGAGAAUUCGUUGCGGUUGAAACUCUCUGCGGUGCGACAAUCUACAUCCAAGAGCCAAAUUAUUAUCCCACCAAGACAUAUUAUAGCAUUCCCGCAUCAUCGACAACAUCAACCUUGUCUUGCAAUACAGCUGUUGUAGGUGUGAAAAUUGAUGUUGGCAACCUUACUAUCGGACAGUUCGUUGCUGCAACUGUUAUCUGUGGGAGGACGGUAUACAUUCAGGAAUCAAACUUCUACACACCGAAGACUUAUUACCGUAUCCCUGCUUCUGCGCCAACAACUUCCGCCUUAGCCUCGUCCACCACUGGGGCGGCUGUUAAAGCACGUGUGCUAGAAGUAUGUACUGGUCAUAACAUACCUUUCUUUGGUCAACACAAGCCAACCUUGCUCCACCAAGCCGACCGAAACUGGAUCAAGAGUGUCCCAAGUAGCGUUGCAGGAAAUCGAGGUGCGCGGGCUUUCAGGGAAAGGCAGGGAUAA